GACCGAAUUCCCAAUUUCUAAGAGAUUUAUAAUGGCUCUUGGUGAGCUUUGUGGCAGCGGCAAGCAAGCAACGCAUCCAUCCAUGGCGAUGACGAUGCCCCAACCGGGACCGCCGGCGCCCCUCGUCGACUACCUCGAGUCCGACACCUUUGCCCCUCCCCCUCCCCCGCCGCCGCCGCCCGCCCCCUCCACCAUCCUCUCCGCGUGGUCGCGCCUCCGCGACUCCUCCUCCUCGCCCGCCGCCGCCCUCGAGACCCUCCAUCUCCACCGCCGCGCCCUCCGCCUCUCCGCCGCGCACGUCUCGCUCCUCCUCCCGCUACUCCCGGUCCACCCGCGCCUCGUCGCCCCGCUGCUCGCCGCCUCCCCGCACCUCCUCCCCGCCUCCCUCCCGGCCGCCCUCCCCCUCUCCCCUCUCCUCCUCCUCCUAGGCGCCCGCGCCUCCGCCAGGAGCGCCAAGGACCUCCCCAACAACGCCAGCUUGGGGAGCUCCACCGCCAAGAAUCUCGGCAGUGGUGAGUCUGGCAAUAGCCAUGAUGAUGAACCUGUUGUGGCUGUGAGUCGCAUUCUUGAAGAUAUGGAGCAAGGGGAUCAGAGUAUCGAUGAUCUUGAUCACCUUGCGCUUGCCGGGAUUGGUUACGUGCUGGCAUCUGCUGAUGAGGUGCAAUUCAGAAGGAUUCUUGUAUCCUUGUUUAGGAUUUGUGGGAGGAUUGGGAAUCUGGCUGUUGGUGUUCGGGUUCUUAAGCUGGUGGAAUGGCUGGUAAUGGGGCUCGUCGAGUCGAGGAAGAUGCGGAAGGUUCAGGUGCUCUUUGAGAUUGUUUCGCCAGAGAAGUGCGAGGGCGAGGGUUAUGUGCUGUUCCCGGUGGUGAUGGCGGCCUGCGGUGGAUUGCGGGCAUUGAGGGUUGCUUCGGCGAGAUACCGGCUGGACUUUGAUCCAAGGUUGAAGGAGGCGCCUGAGCGGACAAUUCAGUUUGCAGCUGAGAGGGCAGUUCUAGAAGGGAGGCGAGCCGAUGAUCAGCGUAUCCUUGUUCAGUGUCUCGCAAUGGGCUUAACACGGUGUGGGCAGGUCGCAUUUCAUGAGUCGGUGUUACAGUGUGUCUGUAUGGGAUUACUGAAGGAGCUCCUCCCCCUGCCUGAUAUGCUCAGGAUGUCAGUUGAAAGUGCAGAAGGGAAUUCAGCUGAGGUUGUCAAGGCUCAGGUCAACCAGCACCUUGAUAGUGUCCUUUUCAAAGAGGCGGGCCCGGUGACCGGGGUUUUUUGCAAUCAGUAUUCAUAUGCCAUUGAAAAGGCUAAAACUUUUGUUGAAACUUGUGUGUGGGAAUAUGCCCAGGAGUUGUAUUGUCAUCUUCGUGCAGCAGUGUUGCUGCACCGGGGGAAGCAGGAUGAUUUGCUCAUGGGGUUUGACAAGAUUGCCGAGGCAGCUUUUCUUAUGGUUGUAGUCUUUGCAGCCGAGGUAACCAAGCACAGGCUAAAUGCUAAUUCCUUGGAGGGGUUCCAACCUGAGGUUGCUGCUAGGAUCUUGGUGGCGUUCUCUUGUGUGGAACAUCUGAGGCGCCUGCGUCUUCCUGAGUACACUGAGGCAGUGCGGCGUGCUGUACUUGCCAAUCAAGAGAAUGCAGCAGCUAUUGCUUUGUUCAUUGAGUCAAUGCCUUCGUAUACUGAAUUGACAAGUAAACCAGAUUUACCAACCUUGGCUGGAACAAGGUAUAUCUGGCACAGAGAUGACGUUGAGACAUCACGCAUGUUGUUUUACCUGCGGGUUGUGCCAACUUGUGUUGGCCUCAUUCCAGCUCAUAUGAUUCGGGAUAAAGUGGCUUCAAUCAUGUUCUUAUACCUACAGCAUUCAAAUGAGAAAGUUACAAGUGCUUCACACUCUGUGAUGGUAUCUUUCCUGUCAUCCGGUAAUGAUCCUGAUCAGGAUGAUCGAACGGCUUUGAAAGAACAACUUACCUUUUACUACAUGAAGAGAUCUUUGGAGGCUUAUCCUGGGGUAACCCCAUUCGAAGGAUUAGCAUCAGGAGUUGCAGCACUUGUUCGACAUCUUCCUGCAGGGAGCCCUGCCAUUCUUUUUUGUAUCCAUAGCCUUGUUGUCAAGGCUAAAGAUCUUUGCGAUACUGCAAAGGUUCAGGACAAAUCCUUAUGGAGGUCAUGGGAAGAGAGCACAGAACCUUGUAAGAAAAUAUUGGACUUGUUGCUGCGGCUCAUCUUCCUAGUGGAUAUUCAGUCAUUCCCUUACCUACUGAAGGAGGUCGCAGAGUUCGUCACUUUGCUACCAAAGGAAGGCCAGGGUGCGCUCCUCGACGACAUGUACGCCCGCGUCGCGGAGUCUGACGAUGUUACUCGGAAGCCGGUACUUGUGUCGUGGCUGCAGUCUCUCUCCUACAUAAGCUCACAGUCGAGCUGUGAAAAAUCUCAUAGCAAGGUCACAGGUGCGUCCUCUGUAGGAAGCGAUGAGCUGAGCCUGAACAGAACUAUGGCACGUCUGUGAUAUCAUCUUGCUCGUGCUUGUACAUUAACAGGAAUGCAUAAUAGAGUGGAUUAGAUGCAAAGUGUGUGAGCUAUACGUUAUACCUUUUUCAGCGAGGAUUGUCUGUGUACAUAUAACGUUCAUAGUAAUCCGGUAUUGUUGUUGGAUCCUAA